UUCAUACAGUGAAAUGGCAGAAGUCAGUAUGUCAAUGGAUCAGGAUCAGUUCACUUGUCGAGUGUGUCUGGAUCUACUGAAGGAUCCAGUGACAAUACCCUGUGGACACAGUUACUGUAUGGGAUGCAUCUCAGGAAUCUGGAAUCGAGAGGAUCGGAUGGGAAUCUACAGCUGCCCUCAGUGCAAACAGACCUUCACGCAAAGGCCUGUUUUAUACAAAAAUUUGAUGUUUGCUGAAAUGAUGGAGAAACUGAAGAAGACAAAACUCCAAGCUUCUCCUGUUUCUGCUCCUUUUCUUGCUCCCUUUCCUGCCCCUGUUCCUGCUCCCAUUCUUGCCCCUGUUCCUGCUCCUUUUCUUGCUCCCUUUCCUGCCUCUGCUCCCGCUCCUGUUCCUGCUCAUUGUCAAACUGAAUCUGAAGAUGUUCAGUGUGACUCCUGCACUGGAAUAAAACAGAAAGCAGUAAAGACGUGUCUGGAGUGUCGAAACUCUUACUGUCAAAAUCACCUUGAACAGCAUGAGAAUCUCUUCAGAGGUAAAAGACACAAUCUGAUGGAUGCCACUGGACGACUGCAGGACAUGAUCUGCCCUCGACAUGGAAAACUGAUGGAAAUGUACUGCCGUACUGACCAGCGGUGUAUCUGUACAAUGUGUUUGAUGGAGGAACACAAAAAUCAUGAUACUGUAUCAACUGCAGCAGCGAGGACAGAGAAACAGGCACAUUUGGAGGAGACAAAGAAGAAAAUUCAUUGGAGAAUCCAGAAGCGAGAGAAAGAUCUUCAGGAACUGGAAGAAGCUGUGGAGUCUCAUAAGCACUCUGCACAGACCGCAGUGGAGGACAGUGAGAGGAUCUUCACUGAGCUCAUCCGCACCAUUGAGAGACGUGUAAGGACUUAG